AUGUUGGCUGGACUCUGUCAAAUCGCGCUCGGCAGCGGCCUGCUGCUUGCGGUCGCGCCGGUGCCAGUGCAGGCGGUCAAUCACCUACUUCCCGACCUCGUCCGUUUGAACGAGACAGUGCUCACAAAUACUACAUCUCCGGUGAACGGCAGCACGUUUGCAAACAGCACAGCGCCGGCGAACUCGACUGCGCCGGCGACGCCGCUGUCGAACUCGACGCAGACGAGCAACUUCAUCAGCAAUCUCGACGGCUUCUCAAAGCCCAACAAUCUCGUCAACUUUUACUUUAUCUUUCUCAUCCUGCUUGUCGUGGUCGCGUACUUUGGUCUACGAUACUACCAGAAGCGAAGACAAAAGCGACGGGCUCGAUUGUUCUCCUCGCUCCGUGCUGAGGCGCUGCAGCGCGAUAUCGAGGCCGACGCGGCUGCUCGGGCUAGUCGCAGGCCACCCUUUUCAGAUAUGGUCCAGGUCGACGACAGCAGUAAUAGCCGGAAUCCGUUUCUCAGUCGGCGGCGCGCGCCUUCGCCCCCACCGCCUCCACCGCCGUAUACACCUGAUAUGCCGCGGGCGGUGGACGCAGCUUAUCUAGGAGGAGGGAUGAGACUGCCAAUGUACGAAGACGUGGUCGAAGACGAGACCGAAGACAGCAACCAACACGAAAGCACCGAUGCUGACCACGACAGCGACGCCGACAGCAGUCAGCAGUCAUAUGACGAAUGGAUGUCUGGCCGCGAUAGUUCUAAUCAGUACGGCCCGUCCGACGACGAGCCGUCAUCCUCACGAGCGUCAACCAUGACCAGUAUCCUUGAUCGUCGAUGA